AUGUCCACACGACCAGCCUCGCAUGCAGGGACAUGGUACUCCGCCGACCCCGCAUGGGCCUAUGCAUGCAUGGAUCCAUCCACAAUCCGUACAGUGCUGGUCUUAGGGCCAUCCCAUGUCUCGUUCCUACGUGGAUGUGCCUUGACGCAGUACGCAUCUGUGGACACACCACUAGGCCCCAUUGAGGUCAAUGCGCAGCUCAAUGAAGAACUGCGCCAGUCCUCCCUCUUCCAAAUGAUGGAGCACGAUUUGGAUAUCCGAGAACACAGUCUGGAGAUGCAUUAUCCCUAUAUUAGAAAGGUGUGGGACAGCCACCCUGUGACCAUCGUGCCGAUCUUGGUGGGCGACAUGUCCGCUUUCACGCGUCAGAAAAUAGCCCAAUACCUGGCCAAGUAUGCUGCGGAUCCGAGCGUGGGUAUCGUCGUGUCAAGUGACUUUUGUCAUUGGGGGGAGCGUUUUAGGUACACACGCUAUCAAGCCUCUCACGAUGCAGCGCCUCAAGUGCUCACUAGUCGCUCACCCAGCUCGGCGUAUGCGGCAUGCCCUAUCCACAAAUCGAUUGAAGCCCUGGAUAUCGAUGCAAUGGCACGCAUCUCGUUUGACAAGGGGGGCGUAUGGCAUGCACAUGACAGGUUCAAAUCGUAUAUAAUGACUACACGGAAUACGAUAUGUGGUCAGCACCCCAUUCUGCUGCUAUUGCUCAUGCUUUAUGAGCUUGAAAAGCAAGCAAAGUAG